AUUAAUCGUGGUUUAACUUGUUUGACCGAGUUGAAUCAGUUCGCGACGCCAGUCAAAUCAUUCGUGACUCAGCUCUUGAGUCAUGGGCUUACGCAUGCGAGGCCCCUCUUUGUUUAGGUAUAUACGGGGGUUACAGACAAAAGUCGUUCUUCCGUCUCUAUUCACUUGCCCUCACAGAGCACUUCUGCUCCAUGCACAUCUGCACCUCAAUUUGAACUACAAUAAAUCUACAAUUAAUCAUCCUUCAUCUAUAUGACUACUGAAAUCAAUAACAAUGCCAGUACAUCGUCACAAGCCCAGUCUUCUGGAUCGAUUACAGGGUCAGGAGGGCCAGGGAAUAUGUCCCAGACUGACGCUAAUGGACUGGCUGCAUCCCAACAAAGUCUGGCGAAGAAAUGCUUUGACUACAUUGAGGACUACAGAUGCUCUCAGAUCACCAAACUUGAAGCCAACAUCAUACUCAUCGAAAUUAUCAGCGCAGAGUGUUUCAACACAUCCUCAAAGGUCAUCACUGUCGCAGGACCAUAUAUUUCCAUGCUCGCUCAAAUCGAGACACCUCAACCUGAGAAGACCCCUAAUACAGAGAUUAGGAGCAGAGAAGGCAGUAAUGAGCCAGGAGAACCUGCUCGUAAACGUCCCAAGCUCAACUAUUCCUCCAUUGCUCACUCGGUUAGAACCAGACAGUACAAACCUCUCUCCGCAAACCUUGAAAGGACCAAUGAGAUUCUUGCCAACUGGUUGCAAGAUCAGAAGGAGGUUCGACGAUACCUCAUGUACCACAAAUAUGGCCCAGAAUUCCAUGAGUCCAGAUGGGCUGAAAUCUUCGCAGGCAAAUAUAUCAACCUCGACGUUAUGGAAACCCUCGGGGAAGUUGAGAUCAGGUAUGGAGCAUCAGAGUCAGCUUCUAAGAAAAUUUCCACAGACUCCAAUUGGUUUUCGGCAUGGAACAAAGCAGCAGAUGCCAUCAAAUUUGCAUUCCCUCAUUGGGAGGCUGAGCUCAACAGCUACUUCACCUACAUUUCCACCUACUUCUCACAAGCCAAUCCUUCUGCCCACAGAAGAGUCAUAUGCUUCGAUAAAGCUGUCAGGAACAGAGUCGGCACUUCACACAGACUUGAAGCUCACCGACCAUCAUGA